AUGUCAUCAUCAAGAAAAUCAACUCCUAUUUCUACGAACAAUAAUAACUCAAAUAAUUCAACAAAUGGAGAUUCAAGAUCAAACGAGAGUUCACUACGGGAUAUAAAAACAGAACCACAAAGUGGUAAUGGAGAUAUUAAAUCAAUUGCAUUAAUAAAUUCAAAUUUUAAAUUCCUACCUGAUAAUUAUAAAUCUAUAAAUUCAUGUCUACAUUUGGAUCAAGUCUUGGAGUCCCGAGCAAAAGACACGGUAUUCGAUACAUAUAAACAAGCAGUUAUAAUAUCUCAACCUAUACUAAACACAACAAUAUACAAAUUAAAAAAAGAUGAUUCAUUAAUAAAUCACGACAAGAUUAUGAACAAAAAAAUCUCAAGUUUAAAAUGUAGUGAUUGCUCCAAAUCAAAUUUCCAACAAGUUAUGAUAUGUUUACAAUGUCCUCAUGUUGGAUGUGAAGAACAUUCAUUUUUACAUUAUAAAGGAACACAGCAUAUGUUUGCUAUUGAUCUGAAAUUUGGAUUAUUAUUUUGUUUUAAAUGCAAUAACUAUAUAAACCAUCCAGAAUUAGAAAAGAUAAGAUACAAGAUUAUAAAAAAUAAUGAUGAUGAAAUUAAUGAAAUUUAUGAAGAUAAUGAUACUAAGUCAAAAAUUCAAAUUGAUGAAAAUUAUACGGAACCAAAUAAAUUAUCAAUACUUGGAUUAAAAGGUUUUGUAAAUUUAGGAGCUACAUGUUUUAUGAGUUCAAUAUUACAAACAUUCAUACACAACCCCAUAAUAAAGACACAAUUUUUCAACAACGAUUUACAUUAUUUUAAUUGUGAACAUUUGAAAAAUCAAGAAAUUAAUGGAUAUAUAGGAGAAGAAAAUGCAUGUAUAACAUGUAGUAUAGAUUUGAUUUUUAAAAAUUUUUAUAACGUGGAAAAUAAUGAAGGUUUUGGAAUGACUAAUUUAUUAACUACUGCAUGGUACAAGCAUAAAUCAUUGGCGGGAUUUCAAGAACAAGAUGCUCAUGAAUUUUGGCAAUUUUUGCUAAAUGAAUUACACCAAGAUUAUCAAAGAGUAUUGGUGACACAAAAACAAAAUGAUUUAAAUCAUACAACUAAUGGUAAUGGAAACAUCAAAAUUGAAGAUAAAAUGAACAUUGAUGAAGAAGAACCAGCAACUGAACAAUGUAAAUGUAUAACUCACUCAACAUUCUCAUUUGAAUUACAAAGCUGUGUGAAAUGUAACUCAUGUAAUUCAAUAACAGAAACAGUAGAUCCAAUGAUUGAUUUAUCAUUAGAAAUAAAUCACUUAGUUCAAAAACACAACAAAAAAAUCAAUCUAUACGAUUGUCUCAAUCUAUUCACACAAGAAGAAAAAUUAGAUUCACCAAUAAAGUGUAAAUUUUGUUUCAAAAAAUCAAAAGCUACAAAGACAUUAAAACUUAAAAACUUAUCACCAAUAUUAUCAAUUCAAUUAAAACGAUUCAACCACAAUAUCGUAAGCGACACAAGUUCCAAAAUUGAAACACCAGUAGAAAUCCCACUAUACCUCAACCUACAAAAAUACCUCACAACAAAAGAAGAACAAUCACAAAAUGAAAAUCAAUUUUUUGAAUUAUUUUCAGUGGUUUGUCACAUUGGUUCAGUAAACACGGGACAUUAUAUAGUAUACAUUAAAAAUUUCCAAAAUUUAUGGUUUAAAUUUGAUGAUAGUGUGAUUUCAAUCGUUGAUCAAAUGAAUGUUUUAAAUUCAAAUGCAUAUUUAUUAUAUUAUAUAGUUCAUAACUUAUAA